GAGUCGCUUACAGAGAAUCACUGUAGUAUUUCACAUUACUAUAGGGUUUCCCUGUAGUAUGUAAGCUUUUCUCGAAAAUAACGCAAGAUUUCGUGAGCAUUGUCUCGUAACAUAUGUUGGCAUUUCAAAUGCUUUACAAUUAUUUCAGUAAAAUGAUAUAUUCACUUAUACAAAUAAAAUAGAUAAAAACCAUAUUUUGUUCUUACAUUUGGUUGGCUAUUCAAAUAAAAUAAUUUGAUGUGAUAUUCAAUUUUGACAGAUUAGUCGUAUUCUUGCGCCAUUUUGGUAAAAAGCUUACAUACUACAGGGUAACUCUGUAGUAAUGUGAAAUACUACAGUGAUUCUCUGUAAGCGACUCUACUACAGGGUUUUCGGGUAACGAUUCACCGAAAACUUCUAUGUGUGUUUACUUUAUCGAAUUUUUUCUCAUGUUCCUCAUCCUGGUCAUCCCAGUCACUCCAGUCAUCAUCAUCCUCGAGUUUAUAUGCAAAAACUAUUCUGAUUCAAACUUCUUGUAUGUAAGUAGUCCAAAUACGGCUGGAUUACGGAAUUUGCAACAAGCAGAGAACCUUCAAUUAUUACUAGGAAAAGUUAUUGAAGCGAGAAAUAAACUAGACCAAACAAAAUUGCCUCCAAUUUUAUUAAAAAUUGCACCCGAUUUGACCGAUAAUGAUGUAAAAGAUAUUGUAUCGGUUAUUACUAAAAAACAAUAUCGCGUCGAUGGUCUUAUCAUCUCAAAUACAACCGUUGAGAGAAAUGAUUUCUUGCAAAGUAAAGAAAAAUCAGAAACUGGUGGACUUAGCGGCGCUCCUUUGGCUAAACGUUCGACAAAGUUGAUAGCAAAGUUCUAUACAUUGACUAAAGGUAAAGUACCAAUCAUCGGUGUUGGUGGAAUUUUCAAUGGACAAGUUUCAUUUGAUAAAAUAAUAGCUGGAGCAAGUGCAAUUCAAAUUUAUACAUCGCUAAUUUGUCAUGGACCACCAGUUGUUCAAAAAAUAAAAAAAGAAUUGACGGAUAUUCUCGAGUCAAAAGGUUUUAAAAAUAUUGAAGUGGCUUGUGGAACUCAAGCAAAAGCAAUUGCAAACGAACCAAUAUAAUUUUAUGAAGCUAUUAGAUGAA